AUGGAGAGCAUCACCGUCGACGCCGUCACCGUCCUCUUCAUCCUCACGGGCUGCGCCGACUCCCACCACUACUGGAGUGAAGACGCCAAGCCCCUGCGCGUGCUCUACGACGUCAACGCGGAGGUCUACCCGCACCUCGCCCUGGUGAACCUCCUCCUCAUCCCUUUCGGCAUGAUGGCGCAAGGCCUGUGGUCCAGCCCGAUGACCUGGGCCAUCAACCUCGGCUCGCUCCUCUACCUCUCACCCUUCAUGGAGACCCAGCAGCAGGCCCACUACAGGCUCUUCAACGAGUCGACCUCCAUCCUCAUGACCCUCCUCCUCUGCAGGACGGCCUUCCCGCUCGUCCGCCUCGCCAUCGCCACCACCGUCAGGAACUUCCCCGAGAGGCACGAGUACGUCAACAUGGCCAACAUCUUCUUCCAGAUCUCCGUCUCGUGCAUCAUGACCUCGGUCAACAUGCGGGACAACCACUUCUACUUCUCCUUCCGCUUCCUCCUCACCCGCUUCUCGGAGUACACCCUCGGCUGCGUCUGCUACAUCUACAUCAGCCGCAGGACCACCGCGGGCAUCUUCCACUGGGCAGGCAUCCGCGCCAUCCGCUACUGGAGGCACGUCCUCUUCCUCCACUUCCUCGUGUGGGUCUCGCAGAUCGACCAGACCCAGCCCUCCGACGACGCCCUCUGCGCAAGGAUCGCCCUCGGAGCCCCCUGCAUGACCCACUUCGACCCGAUUCUGGCCGGGGGGGGGCCUUCCCUGGGGCCUGGACUCUAUUAA